GUGGUUUCCAGUAACUACUGACCAAUUCAGAUUAUCAGGAAACGCAUAUGUAUUACCAUCACCAACAAAUCCAAUUAUUGCACAUUUUCCAUCAAACAUUUUGCUUUCUCCGUAUUCUUUUUCUGUUGAUUCAACGUCUCUAAUUGAACAUUUUGAUUGGGAACAAGAACGAAAACACUAUUGGUAUAAAACUUCCUCUGAUUUACGUGCUACUUUUUUGGAGCCUCAACCAGCACAAGAAGUAAAUGAAAAUGAAAUAUCCAAUGUGGUACGAGAACUUGAUCCAAUAGGUAAAAAUAUGGAAGAAAAAUUGUUAGUUAAGAAAGCAUUAGAAAACUUUGCAAUUGUGGUGAUGAAAGUUGAUUAUAUUGAUCAUCUUAAAUUAUCACCUACACCUAUUCAAACUAUUUGGAAAUUUCAGAAAAGUGAUGAUGAUUUAAAUAAAGAGGAAUGGGUUAAAAAG